AUGCAACCCUCUUAUUGUGUGAAGGAAAAUAAACCCUGUGUGGGUUGGGUUCAAAACUACUUCAGUGACUGUCUCUGCAAUUUGAAUGAUGAUAUCUCAUUCACUUUAGGUUUCAUCAGUUUACUUUGUUGGGGUGCUGCUGAAAUUCCUCAGCUUAUUACUAAUUUUCGUGCUAAGUCUAGUCAUGGUGUUUCUCUUGUUUUUCUUCUCACUUGGGUUGCUGGAGAUAUUUUCAACUUGGUGGGUUGUAUUCUAGAACCAGCUACGUUGCCAACCCAAUACUACACAGCUCUGCUUUACACAAUCACAACCAUUGUAUUAGUAUUGCAAAGCUUAUAUUAUGACUACAUCUAUAAAUGCCGCAACCGUCGUCAAAAAAUCAACAUCGAAGAGGCUUAUGAGGAAGAGAAAAAACCAUUGAAACCAAAACAAGCACUUGAGUCAGGGAUUCCAAUAAGAAGUGGCAAACACAGAUCAGUUCCUAGUAAACCAGAGUAUUACUAUGGAUCAGCAAGAUCAUUGGCCGGUAAUAUGACUCCGCCGUCUCGAACAUACUUGAGAGUUGCUAAAAGUGGACCAUCAGCAAUGGGAUUAAAUGAAGAUUCAUCUUCCGACGACGAGGCACAUGCACCUCCUACAACCCAACCCAGACUAAUCCCUCGUUCCGCGGGAAGCUAUGGAACAUUUCUAGCAACAUCAAUUAGCUUGCCCCUGCAGGGUAAUGCUUUGAAAGUGGGAUACAUAGCACUAACCGGAAGAAAACUACUCUCCCAAGAACAUGCAACACAUCACAGUGCAUUGGGUCAAUGGUUGGGAUGGCUCAUGGCUGCUAUCUAUUGCGGCGGUCGAAUACCUCAAAUAUGGUUAAAUAUUAAAAGAGGGAGUGUUGAGGGGUUAAAUCCUUUCAUGUUCAUCUUUGCGCUGGUUGCCAAUACCACUUAUGUGGGAAGUAUUCUUGUAAGAACUACAGAAUGGGAGAGUAUCAAAGCUAAUAUGCCAUGGUUAUUGGAUGCAGUAGUUUGCGUUGCAUUGGACCUAUUUAUAAUAUUGCAGUACAUCAAUUACAGAUACAAUCGGAAGACAACUGCAAAUGAUGAUUAUGGUAACUAUGAAAACCACAAAGUGAGAAAAAGUAUUGUUUCUUGA